UUCCUCCAGUACUGAAAUUAAGCAGCAUCCAACCUAGGCCUACUCUUAUGACAUGUGACUUGACUUGACUGUUUUUCGUUUUUGUUGAAAGAUUCAUUAACAGUUAGAAGUUGAUAAAAGUUCCAAUAACAAGUCGGCACUGAGAGAAAGGAUAACACUGUAAUAUGCAGAAAACUACAAAUUCUGAUACCCCUGUGGAAACACUGAAUCCCACGCGCCAAGGCACUGGAGCUGUGCAAAUGAGAAUCAAAAAUGCCAACAGCCACCAUGACAGGCUGAGCCAAAGUAAAUCUAUGAUCCUUACCGACGUUGGGAAGGUCACUGAACCUAUAUCCCGGCACAGAAGAAAUCAUUCACAGCAUGUCUUGAAAGAUGUCAUUCCUCCAUUGGAACAAUUGAUGGUUGAAAAAGAAGGUUAUCUUCAAAAAGCUAAAAUUGCAGAUGGAGGAAAGAAACUAAGGAAAAACUGGUCUACUUCCUGGAUUGUUCUUUCUAGUCGGAAAAUUGAAUUUUACAAGGAGUCCAAGCAGCAGGCGCUGUCUAACGUGAAAGCUGGGAACAAACCAGAAAGUGUGGAUUUGUGUGGGGCACAUAUUGAGUGGGCCAAGGAAAAAUCAAGCAGAAAGAAUGUCUUUCAGAUCACAACUUUAUCAGGAAAUGAGUUCCUUCUGCAGUCAGAUAUUGACUUCAUCAUAUUGGAUUGGUUCCACGCUAUCAAAAAUGCAAUUGACAGACUGCCCAAGGAUCCAAGUAGUCAUUCAAGAAACCUGGAAUUAUUUAAAAUCCAGAGAUCCUCCAGUACUGAACUACUAAGUCACUAUGAUAGUGAUAUAAAAGAACAGAAACCAGAGCACAGAAAAUCUUUAAUGUUCAGACUGCAUCACAGUGCUUCUGAUACAAGUGACAAAAACCGAGUUAAAAGCAGAUUAAAGAAGUUUAUUACCCGAAGACCUUCCCUGAAAACUCUGCAAGAAAAAGGACUUAUUAAAGAUCAAAUUUUUGGCUCUCAUCUGCACACACUGUGUGAACGUGAAAAUUCCACAGUUCCACGGUUUGUAAAGCAGUGCAUUGAAGCUGUCGAAAAAAGAGGUCUAGAUGUUGAUGGAAUAUAUCGAGUUAGUGGCAAUCUGGCAACAAUACAGAAGUUAAGAUUUAUUGUCAACCAAGAAGAGAAGCUGAAUUUGGACGACAGCCAGUGGGAGGACAUCCACGUUGUCACCGGAGCACUGAAGAUGUUUUUCCGGGACUUGCCUGAGCCGCUCUUCCCUUACAGUUUCUUUGAGCAGUUUGUGGAGGCGAUCAAAAAGCAAGACAACAACACAAGAAUCGAAGCUAUAAAGUCUCUUGUACAAAAACUCCCUCCACCAAAUCGUGACACCAUGAAGGUCCUCUUUGGACACCUAACUAAGAUAGUGGCCAGAGCAUCCAAGAACCUCAUGUCCACUCAAAGCCUAGGGAUUGUGUUUGGACCCACCCUUCUGCGAGCCGAAAACGAGUCGGGGAACAUGGCGGUGCACAUGGUGUACCAGAAUCAGAUCGCUGAGCUGAUGCUGAGCGAAUACGACAGGAUCUUCAGCUGACUGACAGACACGGCGAGCUACUGAGUGCGCUCACAUCUGUCUCGAUGCCUAAUAUUUUUACAUUUCUGUAAACAUAUUUCUGAAAUAUUUUUUUCCUUUCAAGCGACAGAUGCCUCAUUUUGUGAAAACUUAAUGACGAUUUUGUGUUUAAGUUCCAAACAUUUGAAUAAAAUAGUUGACAAUA